AUGGCACCAGCGACAAGGAAACAAGGCGACCGACCUGCAGAGCCUCAGAAUGAAGGCCUAGAAAGCCAAACUGACGUGGCGCAUCCUGAACAAAGGGUGCCAGAAAAUAGCCAAGGAAAUGGCUUGAGCGCACCAACAAAUAUACAGGGCCUUUCCAGGCAGUUGGCACAAGUUUUGUCUAACCCAGAAGACGAAGCGGCACAGGAAUUGAUUACCCUAUUGAGAAGGGUAGUUACGCCCCCAUCUGUCAUAGAUGUGGAUGCACAUGGUGUAGUACAUGAGCAACUGCAAACUGGAGAUCUGCCUAGACAGUCACCUCAACAGGUAUAUACAAAUCCAGCAUUCGAUUCAAAUAUGAAUGUGCACAGUCGACCGUUUGUUGAAGCAACUGCUCUACGGUCCACAAUCAAGCCAACUAGUUUUUACCAGAGUGUCCCAUCUAUAUAUGAAGUUGGUAACAGUAGUGGAAAUGGUCAGAAUCAUGGUUUAAAUUCUAGUCAAAGUCCUCAGGCUGGUUUCACAGGAGUCCGUGUCAUGAAUAAUGGUCAACACAUAUACAAUGCCGCACAAACUCUGCCAAAUCAUGGCAGUUAUACUUAUCAUACUAUGCCAGUAGGACCGAAUAAUGGAAAUAGUGGUCAGUACGUUCACAAUGUGCCAAACAUUGGCAAUGGGAACGGUCAGAAUGGCCCUCUUGCACAACCUUAUGUACCAAAUGUCCUUAGAGCCCCAGAUCCCAUGAAUAUUAAUAGGGCACAAAUAUUAGAAGUCAUCCAAGAUGUGUACGGACCAGGGCUACGCAGGGUGGAAAAACCCAUGUUUAGAAAGCCUUACCCACAUUGGGUUGACAAUGUUCCUUUGCCAAGAGGGUAUAAAUUGCCUGAGCUUUCACUUUUUAGUGGUACAGAAAAUCAGUCGACAAUUGAACAUGUAGGACGGUUUUGUCUACAGUUAGGAGAACUUGGCUCUGAUGAUGUCUCAAUUGCCGACUUGGCUAAGUUAAAGCAGAAGCCAAAUGAAACGGCAGAACAGUUUUUAACUAGAUUUAAGAGAUUAAGAAACCAAUGUCAUUGUAAUGUGCCAGAGACCGAGAUAGUUCGAAUAGCUCAAGAUGGUCUCGAGUUUAAUUUUAAAAAGCAGUUUAAUGGAUCUAAUUUCAAAGAUCUGUUUGAGCUCUCCAUGAGGGCAUCUCAGUUUGAAGCUAUUUUACAAGAAGAAGAGCUUUUGAGGAACACGUCUCUAGGAACAUAUUACCAAGAUGUGGAAGGUGAUAUUGAGAUUGAUGUAGCGCAAGUCAUUGGAAAGACCCCUAUAAUUUGUGACACUUUGGUUAAAACAGAAAAACCAAUGAAUAUGCCUUCAUCUCAACCCAAUAGGCGUGGGGGGCAAGCAAAUUAUAGACAAUAUUCGUUUGAUUUGGCACAAGCUGACCAAAUAUUUGAUGAAUUGUUGAAACAAAAAUUUGUUACUUUGAGUCCUGGGCAUAUUAUUCCUUCUGAUAAGGAUAGAAAAGGAAAAGAAUAUUGUAAAUGGCACAAUUCAUUUAGGCAUAAUACUAACAACUGUGUUACAUUCCGAAAUUGUGUGCAGGACUUGAUCCAGAAGGGACUGUUGCAGUAUGCUAAAGGCGACAAGGAUCCCAUGGGAAUUGAAUCCAAUCCUUUUCCCAAGAUUGAAGUGAACAUGGUGACGGCCGGCCUAGCCAAAAGGCUAGGUUCCAAUGUGACGAAACAAAAGCAGGGGGAGGAGGAUCACAUGCAGACUGAAGAAGAGUCAGCAAAGUCUCAUACCUCUAGAUUCCCAAACGACUACCUCUGCAUUAGGUGUGGGCAUGAAGUCCAGUAUGGGGAAGCAAUUAUAGCAGAAAAAGAUCAGAGAAGUGCAUUCUCCAAGUCCGGACUGAGGUUCAACACAAUGGGAGGAAACGACCUUCAAAUUUAUGUGGGAGCCAAACUGAUUUAUGAAGGUAUAGAUCCGGGGCUCUUUAACAGAAUAGAGUCAGAGCAUUGCUAUGGGCCAGAUGAUGGACCAUUUUUAUUCAGGGGACAUCCAGUCGUGCCUGCAAGGCCUGGGGUGCCUUCUUGCCAAGAUCUUGAGGCGGCGGGGUACCAAUUUCCUAAUCAGAGGAGAUACCCUAGUCAAAGGGGUGUUGGUUUCAGAAGAGAUACUGGACCACGAGGUAGAGGACCUUAUGGACGUGGAUGGCACCAACCUAGGAUGGUAAUGCCACCCAAUAAUGAUCACGAGGAAUGGAGCACGCUUAGCCAUCCAAAGUUCCCAGCAGAGGGUUGGUACACUAAGGUAUCCAGUUCACAGAAAAGAAGGCUUCAAAGGAAGUUUGCAGCCAGGGCUUAUGGUGACCCAUGGGACCAUGUGUUCGAACCAAGAGAGAGAUUGGAACCAUCAAAGGUUCCAAACAUGGUAUGGACCCGGGAUCAAGGAGAAACUAGUGGCCCAAAGCAGAUAAUUCAAAAGCAUGGGGGGCAAGAGAGUAGUGCUACAGAUCCUCCCCAGUCGACUGCCCAACUGAAGGGUAAAAAAGAAUUGAAGCAGAGCUUAAAGAAGAAAAUGGAGGAAUUCCAGAAGCUCAUGGAGGCAGAUGAUGAUGAUGAUCUCUUUGACGAAGGGUCAGAACAGGAAGACCUGAUCAAAGAUGCGUCACCGUCUCCACAGAGAUCUGCAACAUUUGGAGAAAGCCUGGCCGCAAUCCAAUUCGGGCCUUGAUCUUUCUAAAGCAAGAAGAAGCAGCGGGAAUGGAGGUCUUUUGGGCAGACCGACAUCCAUUCAAAGCAGAGACUAACAACGUAGAAGCAGAUCUCUACAACGAACAUUUGUGGCCAACAAGAAUAGAAGACUCAGAAGUCAGAUCUAAUCAAGUUGGAGUAACUGAGAGCCAAUUCCUCAAAUACAUCAAGGAAGGGUUCCAGGAGCUGAGCAAAGAUUUUAUCAGGCCUAACAUUAUUUCAAGGCCUGCCAAGAUUGAUCAACAAGUUUUUAAUGUUUAGAAACCUAUUGAACACAGGGUGUGAAGAUUUGGCUACUGUGAAAGCCACUUUUAAAAGGUUGUUUUCUUUUCUUGUUGACAGAAAAUUGCAGGCAGAUGAGCCUAUUUCUUGUAAUUGGGCUGAGUGUGUUUUUGAUGAUAGCCCUCUAAACAUGAAAGAGUUAGGAUUAGCAGACCUGAAACCAGCACCAGCUAAGCUAGAUGAUGACGGGGCCCAAGUAAAGGAUCCCACAGAAGAAGUCAACUUGGGAACUCCAGAAGAUCCUAAGAUCACAUAUGUAAAUGCUGCUUUGCCUAUUGAAAUAAAGGAAAAGUUU